UUCUUGUCAGUGUCCUAGUUAGCGUUAGCGAUGUUUUCUCUUUCGCUACAGCCGUAAUGGAUUGUUUUCGUCAGGUCGAGUAAAUAAAAGAAGGUUUGAGGAUUAAAGAAGGCCGUCAGUAUGUUCGGCCGGUCCAGGGGCUGGGUGGGAGGGCAGGGAAAGCCCAAAAACAUCCACUCUCUGGAUCAUCUGAAGUACAUGUAUCACGUCCUGACUAAGAACACGACUGUGACCGAUCACAACCGGAACCUUCUCGUCGAAACCAUCCGUUCCAUCACGGAGAUCCUCAUCUGGGGCGAUCAGAAUGACAGCUCUGUGUUUGACUUCUUCUUGGAGAAGAACAUGUUUGCGUUUUUCCUCAACAUCCUGCGGCAGAAGUCGGGUCGCUACGUCUGCGUGCAGCUCCUGCAGACGCUCAACAUCCUCUUCGAGAACAUAAGUCACGAGACGUCUCUCUAUUACUUGUUGUCGAAUAACCACGUCAACUCCAUCAUCGUGCAUAAAUUUGACUUCUCCGACGAAGAGAUCAUGGCCUACUACAUUUCCUUUCUGAAGACGCUGUCACUGAAACUCAACAGCCACACUGUUCAUUUCUUCUACAACGAGCACACUAAUGAUUUUGCCCUGUACACGGAGGCCAUUAAGUUUUUCAACCAUCCAGAGAGCAUGGUCAGGAUCGCAGUCAGAACCAUCACACUCAAUGUGUAUAAAGUGUCAUUGGAUAACCAGCACAUGCUGCACUACAUCCGGGACAAAACGGCCGUGCCCUACUUCUCCAACCUGGUGUGGUUCAUCGGCAGCCACGUCAUCGAGCUGGACAAGUGCGUGCAGACGGACGAAGAGCACACGAACAAAGGGAAGCUGAGCGACCUGGUGGCAGAGCACCUGGAUCACCUGCACUACCUGAACGACAUCCUCAUCAUCAACUGCGAGUUCUUGAACGACGUUCUGACCGAUCACCUGCUGAACCGCCUGUUCCUGCCUCUCUACGUCUACUCACUGGUCAGUCAGGAGCAGAGUGAAGAUCGCAAGAUUAACCCUCAGGUGUCGCUCUACCUGCUGUCUCAGGUGUUCCUCAUCAUACACUACCAGCCCCUGGUGAACUCUCUGGCUGAUGUUAUUUUAAAUGGAGACCUGACUGUGUUCACACCCCAACCAGAACAGAACACACACAAGACCUCAUCCGGUGCUGCAGUGCGACGCUUCACCAAGCCACCGGAGAGUCUGGAGCGCUCGUUGGAGAUGAGUCGACAUCGAGGCAGGAAGAGGACGCAGAAACGACCCAACUACAAGAACGUGGGGGAGGAGGACGAGGAGGAGAGGGGAACCGACGAAGGCCUGGACGAGGAGAAGGAGAAGGCUAAAGGUACAGAGGCUAGCUCAAAGGCCAGCAGGACGAGUGGGGACACAGAAGAGAUUGAGAUGGUGGUUAUGGAGAAGGGCAAAAUCUCAGACAUAUCCACACUAGCGGAGCAAAACAUUACAGACGAGGAGAAAACCGCUGCAGCUGCUGCUGGAACAGAGGGAAAGAGAAGCAGGCCCUUCUUGGACAUGGUGUACAAUGCUCUUGACUGUGAGAAGGAAGACUACCAUGCCCUCUUUGUCCUCUGCCUCCUCUUCGCCUUGUCUCACAGCAAAGGUAUAAACUUAGAGCUGCUGGAGAAGUUCCAGCUGCCGGCUCCAGGUCAGGAGAGGAGCAGCUACAGCCAUGUUCUUGUGGAGAGACUGAUCAGGGUCAUGAACCAUGCUGCUCUCCCAGACGGGAGGGUGCGCCUGGCCACCCUGGAGCUGAGCUGUCUUCUCCUGAAGCAAUCAGUGCUGUCUGGCUCCCAGUGCAUCAUCAAGGAUGUUCAUCUGGCUUGUCUGGAGGGUGCCAGAGAAGAGAGUCUUCAUCUUCUACGACGGUUUUACAAGGGAGAGGAGAUCUUUCUGGAUAUGUUCGAAGAUGAGUACAGGAGCAUGACGAGUAAGCCUCUAAAUGUGGAGUAUCUCAUGAUGGAUGCUUCCAUACUCCUGCCCCCGACCGGGACGCCGCUGACUGGCAUCGACUUUGUGAAGCGGCUUCCGUGCGGUGACGUGGAGAAAACCCGCAGAGCAAUCCGUGUGUUCUUCAUGUUGAGGGCUCUGUCCCUACAGCUGCAGGGGGAACCGGAGACACAGCUGCCCCUGACGCGCCCCGAAGACCUCAUCAAGACCGACGACGUCCUCGACCUCAAUAACAGUGAUCUCAUCGCUUGCAUGGUGGUGAGUAAAGACGGCGUCCAGGCACAGAGGUUCCUGGCCGUGGACGUUUAUCAGAUGAGUCUGGUGGAACCCGAGACCAAGCGGCUGGGCUGGGGGGUGGUGAAGUUCGCAGGUCUCCUGCAGGACAUGCAGGUGUCUGGUGUGGAGGAUGACAGCAGAGCCCUGAACAUCACCAUCCACAAACCCACAUCCAACCCUCACGCCAAACCCCUCCCCAUCCUGCAGGCCUCCUUUAUCUUCGCCGAUCACAUCCGCUGCAUCAUCGCGAAGCAGCGACUGGCUAAAGGACGCAUCCAGGCAAGAAGGAUGAAGAUGCAGAGGAUAGCGGCUCUCCUCGACCUUCCCGUCCAGCCUUCAUCUGAAGUGCUAGGUUUUGGUCAGUCCACUUCUUCCUCAUCCUCGUCCUCAUCCCAGCUGCCCUUUCGCUUCUAUGACCAGGCACGGCGAGGGCCGUCGUUUGCCUCGGUAGAUAAAGUUCCAGGUUUCGCAGUGGCCCAGCAGCGCAGUUCCAGCUCCAGCAACACAGUUCAGACUGACGUCAACACCACCAGCAGUGUGUCUACACACAGCACUUCAGUGCCCCUGGCCCCGAGCCUGACCCCCGCCGCUCAGCCCACCAUCUCCCUGCUGUCAGAUACCAACACAGACUCACUCAGCGUCGACUCGCUCACCCUCCUGCCCCCAGCCGACCCUCACUGCCUGCGCCGCUUCAGCCGGGACGAGGCUGCGCCCGCUGGCCCAGAUACUCGUAUCACACCUAACCUACAGGGCGCAGGGGACAGAAAGGACGUCUCGGCAUCAUCAGAAGAACACGGGUCUUAUACCAGAGACAACGGUCGAGACGCAGAACCCCAUCAUCCCGAUUCCGAACCAGCAAAAGUUUCUGAACCCGAUCUAACGUCGAGGUCAAGAGAGAAAGCCGAGAGUGAAAUCUCCGCUCCGGACCCGGAGGACAACCUGGAUCUGGAACAGGAGACCGAAAUAGACUGAGAUACUUUUGUUGUUUCUGUGUUUUGUUCUUUUUUUUUUUUUCCUUUUGGUUGUUAAGAAACCUGCUGAACGUCAGAUUUCUGUUUGUUCUUCACAGCGGUGGCUUCCGUCACAUCACGUUCCGUGCCUCCUC